AUGGACAGCCCCACCACCAGCGUCGGAUCGGUGCCGGCAAAGCUCGACAAUGAGGGAUCGAUCGAGACACCGGGCAAGGCGACAGUCACCGACUCACCAACGAUCCUGGCAUCUUCAGGCCAGCAAAGGCACUCUAAUACCAGGGACUUCAUCCGGCGGUUUUUCAGUGCCGCCGCUCUGCUCGACUACGUGAUCCUGAUUGCGGCCGGGGCGGCGCUUGGCAUCCAGGCGGGCGCCAACAGCCGGCUGGCGGUGCUGACGGACGGAUACUUUACGUCGUUUAUCUGCCAAGGCGUGGGCAUGGUAGUGCUGUCUGCUAUGGCGAUUGUCGAUUAUAUGUUUUUCCACAAGACGACGAUGGCCGAGCUCAAGUCGGCGGACUGGUGGGAGUGGUCGGGGUUCGUGUGGGGCGUAUUGUUUGUCGUGCUGAACACGCUGGCGCUGGUCAGGCUGGGUCCCGCAGAGGUUCUGGGCAUUGUGGUGGGCGCGCAGCUUAUCACUGCAUGCGUGAUUGACCAUUUUGGCUGGCUGCACAUGCCCAAGCGCAAGCUGUCGAUUUGGCGGGCCCUGGGCGUGCUGAUUCUCAUUGCCAGCAUCGUGGUCAUGGUGCUGUGGUAG